CAAAUUGGACCAUGCUCCAGUUGUUCGACUUGUCCAAGAACUCGUUCAGUGGAAGCAUACCAGCGCAAAUCUUCAACUUCACAAUUCUCAGAUAAGUCAUCUUGUCUCACAACAAGUUUACAAGUACCAUUUCUAAUCUCAACGGCAUGGAGUUGCCCAUAUUAUGCCAAGUAAAUGAAUUGAAAGUCUUGGAUCUAUCACACAACCAACUAUUUGGAGAGCUCCCUAGUUGCAUUUGGAGCUUGCGGUAUCUACAGUUCUUGGAUUUGUCUAGCAACACUUUGGUUGGGGAAGUUACAACCAUGAUGACUAACUCCAUGUCUUCAGUAAGUUCACUACACCUAUCCAACAACAACUUCACGGGAUCCUUUUCAGCAAUGUUAAAGAACUUCAAAAACCUAACUAUUCUAGAUCUUGCAAACAAUAAGAUUUCUGGAACAAUUCCUCCGUGGAUACGAGAGACCAAUCCUUUGUUGAGGAUUCUAAUACUACGAUCAAAUAUGCUCCAUGGAACUAUCCCGUGGCAACUUUCACAACUCUCAUAUCUCCAUCUGCUUGAUCUAGCAGAAAAUAAUUUUACAGGUUCAAUACCGAAUAGUUUCGCUAACAUGUCUUCAAUGUGCCAGCCUAUAAAGGAAACAUACAUUGACAAUGGACUUGGUGAAAUUAUACAUUCAUAUCACGAUGAAGUUGACAUAGUUUGGAAGAGACGAGAUUAUAAUUUUCAAUCAGCAGUUGACUCGAUGAUUGCUAUAGAUUUGUCAAGAAAUUCUCUUUCUGGUCAGAUCCCUUCGCAGUUGACAAAUCUAAGAGGUCUUCGUUCUCUGAAUAUGUCAGGAAAUUAUCUAUCUGGAGGAGAGAUACCUACAGGAUAUCAACUCAGAACUCUUGAUGAUGCCUCAAUUUAUAGCAAUAAUCCAGGACUCUGUGGAUUUCCCCUGAACACUACAUGUAACAACUCAAUUCCCAGGUCAAACAUACACGGUCAAGAAUAUGAAACCCUUUCGUUGUGCUAUUGGGUAAUUGCCGGUUUUGUUUUUGGUUUCUGGCUAUGGUUUGGCGCAUUAUUUCUCUGCAAGUCCUGGAGGUUUGCUUUCUUCAAUUGCGUUGAUGUCACACAAUAUGGAAGUGUUAAAAAGAUUAAGCAGAGAGAAGAGGACUCUUCUUCCCAUUUAGCCCACCUGGGCGUCUCAGAGCUCUACUAAUAAUUUAAUGCAUGAUCUCUCUAAGCUUACUUGAAGCCUGAAGGCGCAAAGGGCAUGUAACUUUGCUGCUGAGAUCUCCUUUCUGAUAAAUGGGCAGAAUUGGCCUAUAGUAUCAUGAACAAGGCUGAAUUUAGUCA